GUCCAGCACCACCAGGAUCGGGUGACUCAACGGCCGUCAAAGCUCAGAGCUUUGCGUACCAUUUCACCAGCAUGUCUAUUUAUCGUACCUGAGCAGACAACAAAGCCCUUGCUAGCCGUUUCCUCCUGCGCAACGCCCGCCAACGCCCCCCGCAAAGAGCAUGGCAUCACAACCACCAGCCAAGCCCAAGGGCAUCCUUAAGAAGCCGGGCUCGACGGCAGCACCGGUCAAGGCCUCGGGCACGUCUACGUCUCAGGAUGCAUCCAAGCCAGCCAUAUCUCCCGAAGAAGCCCGUCGUAUAGCGAUUCACCACGCAACCCUGAUCCACCAGCGGCGCGACCUCGAGGACAUCAUCUCCGACUCGAUCAUCGACCUCUCCAAGCUACCGCUGUACCACAAGAAUACCUCGCAGCCAGGGCAGCCACCACAUACGGCUGCGGAUCCACACCCGGCCGACGCGUCGACAUUCACGAGCCAAGUCCGGCUGUUCCAGCCGACCGACUACGAUGACCUGAUCGAGGAGCGCAACAUCUUGGGGAAAUGCGGCUAUGUGCUGUGCCCAAAGCCAAAGACCAAGGUCUCACAGGCUGGUGACUGGAAGAUUGUCGGAUACGGCACGAAGGACUUCAACAUUGUGCCCAAGGCUGAGAUUGAGAAGUGGUGCAGCACAAAGUGCGCCCGCAGAGCCAUGUACGUCAAAGUGCAGCUCAAUGAGUCUGCCGCGUGGGAAAGAGCGGGCAUCCCUUCGAUCCAGAUCGAACUGCUCGAGGAAGAAGAGACAGCACAACAAAAGGCCCAGCGAGAAGCCGCGGAGGAUCCAGCCGCCAAGGUGGCGCGGGAACUGGCUGCUGUCAAGCUGGAUGCGGAUCAGAGGGCUAAGAAACAGGCCCAAGACCUUGCGUUGGAGCGCGGUGAUACAGACGAGGCAAAGGCAGCCAGACGGGAUAUCGAGGUCACUAUCCGCGAGAAGAGGGUCAUGAUGGAGGCCAAGGAGCCGUCGUUGGCAGAAGGUGCCGGUCAUGAUGAGGCGCACAUGAUUCUGGACGGCUAUAAGCCCAAGUUUGACCCACGGAGCGAGACUGUCCCAGAGCCUGUGACGGCUGAAGAAGCCGCCGAGGUGAAAGACAUACUGGCAAAGGCAGAACAGACCGAUGCUGCUGGGACGCAAGUCACAGAGGCAUCAGCGACCGACCCGAAGGCAGCCUAGUUUGAGAAACGGGACUUUGAUUUAGUCAGAAAAUCUUUGACAGACCUCGACCAAUGUCCUAAUUGCGACUUUUGGCAAUGUACAAACAAAGGCUUGUGGUGCUACUUUGACUAUCAAGGUCACAUUGGCAGGAUGGUUUGUGAGGUCCACACCAAGUCUCUCGCGUUGACUUCCGACAGAAAUCGUAGAUCGACAGUCAAACAGCAAGCAAGCUCGUAUGAUGGGAGAUUAACGGUCAAGUAAAGGAACAGUCAAGUCCGGU